UAAAUCAUUGGCUAGCUCUGGUGGUAUGGAUGCAAAUUCGAAGAAUUUAAUUAUCUUAUGGAUUAGCAAUGAGACCAGGACUAAAGAUUUUAUAUAAGCAAAAAAAUCCUCAUGGCUUCCAGAGUUCCAUGCAACUCGGAGAUGGAAUCAAGCCACAUGGAGCACGCAGCACAUUUGACUUGAUCAAGCUGUUCACGUCGUCUGCGAUGGUGGUUUUGGUUUGCCACGCUUGAGCCGUUGGCCGCCCAAACCAAACCGUCUCGUCAGUCCUCGGUCCUCACAUGGCGAGAGUGGCGUGGCCAGGCGCACUCGCCGCCGCCUUCCUCCUGUGCGCGGCCGCGGAGGUGGCGCUGGGGGCGAAGCGGGUGCCCAUCCCGGACGACCUGCGCGACGUGGUGGACGACGAGGAGGACGACGAAUGGCGCAGCUGGGGCGCGAGCCACUCGCGGGGCCCGGGCCGCGGCGACAGCCCGCCGCCGGACCUGUCGCGGAUGGAUCCGCCCGCCCUCCAGGCCGAGCUCCUCCGCGGCCAAACCGGGCCCUCGUUCGGCUUCGUCAAGCUCCGCCCCGGCACCCCUCGCUCUCGGGAGGAUGUGGUGGGAAUCGCGACGAGGUGGAGCAAUGUGCUGCGAACCGGAUCAGUGGAGGCCAAAUUCGUAGCAGUUGAUUUCGGUACGCUCAUGUUCACCAUGGAGAGAGGGCGAGACAUUCUCGAGCUGAAGGAGUUUAUCUUGAGCCAGGCCGAGGCGUACGAGUUUAAGAUUGGUGAUAAAGUUUUCCGCAGACCUGGAGACCCGCCCCUGGACCAAGUUCUUGAAAAGCUUCAGAAAGAGAAGAAUCAUAAAUCACAAGAGGAACUUUAGAUCCAUUCACCAAUCUGUUCUGCAUGUGCUGUUCGUUCGUUCAUUGUCUAGUAUAGCAGUUUUACACUGUUACCUUUUUAUUACAAUUUGACAAGAUUACAAGUAUCCCUCUUUGCAAA